GUUCUAUGAGUAACCGUAACAGACAGCGGUGAAAUUACCCCGCUUCUCGUAUUUCAGUUAUAAACUUCAAUUCCCAUCAUGCCAGUCGUAGGAUCACGACGACAACGAUGCUUGAACAUACAAAGCAGCAGGUAAACAAGUCUGGUCGAGCUGUAGUGAUGCACAGUAACGGCGAUUUUAACGCGUUUCGCUCAGUGCAAGAUGAUGAGAAUUUCAUGAACAAGAUGCAAAGUGCGUGUAUGCGCUCACAAAUGGGACAUUUUGGGGCACAGCUGAGAGCUUGGAAACUGCGCCUGUACACUUCAUAGUGUUGAUGCGAUGGGACCCAUCCUGCAGGAACGAACUGCGUCUGCGACACUGAAGAAGGUGCCAGACCAGGAGAAGGUUAGAAUGAAAAAUGCAGAAAACACUGGGAUUGUUGCCAGCAAUAAUAAGAGAGGAGGAUACGUCAACCAGAAUAAGAAACCUCUCAAAAAAACAGUGUCCUUGCAUCCAGGCCAGGAGAAGGAUCCUCUGCCUGAAGCCAAAAUUGUCCAAAAUGGCAUUAAACCAAAGAAAGCUAAGAGUCCAACUGGCGGCACUUGCAAGUUGCGUGGCACACAGGGAGAAUCAGACAUGAGGCCUUCACGUCCCAAACUGUCAUGUCCCGAGCGUGGACAGGAGAGGCCGAAAAUUCAGCUGGAGCCUCAGUGCUGUAGAGAGAUGGUACUGAGCCAAGUGGCCUUGGAGAAGAGCCGCCGUGCUCUCUCGCUGCCCUUGGCUCCUCAGCCAGUGCUGCAGCAUUUCACCCUGAAGAAUCACGUCCCUGAUCUGGAGUCACUCCGCCUUUUGGAGCACCAGGAGGACGACACGGACAGCGCCAGCGACCUGUCUGACUCCGAGAGGCUCCCUGUGCUGCCUUCUCCCUGCACUCCUCCUCAGCUUAACCUCCGAGCAGAGGUGAUCACCUCCAUGGACCUGCAUCCCGACAUACCUGGACCCCGGUUGGUGGAGGACGAUGAUGUCAGCUACAGCUACCCAGACUUCCUGCCACCUCCAUUCAAUACCUGGAGCCUGAGGCAGCUCGCCAUUUUCCUCAACACGGAGGGUAAGAGGGCUCCCCGGCCAAAACCCGUAGGGCAGCUAGAGAACUAUCUGGAGCGCCUCCUCCAGCUGGAGUGGCACCAGAUACAAACCAUUCAGGCUGAGAGUGGGCAGCACGUCGUGCCCAUCAUCCGAACAAAAGUUCAUGCCACCAGUGUCCUAGCAAACAGCAACCGGACCAGGCCUCACACUGCUCCUCCGACACGCCUCAGCUCUCCGAAAAGCUUUCGCCAGGGUCAGCGGGGCUUCUUCUCUUCAGUGAGCAGCCCAUCAUCCACCCAGCUUUCUCGCCUAGUUUGCCCUCACUGCCAUAUCCGUUACCCACUCUGCAACGGCACUUGCUCAUCGUAUGCCUACCAGCGCCAUUCUCGCCUCAGUCCCCUUUUAGAGCGCAAAGCUCCUCCGGCCAACACCCAAAAGAGAAGCAGCAGUGAAAGCCGGGCCUCCACCUCCGAAAGCCGCACCAUAUCGAAAAACCAGCACCUGGUCAGUCCUCAAGCAGCAAAGGCUCAGCAGAACCACAUGCAGGCCGUGGGUAACGUCCGCAGGUCAUCUCAUGAACUUAACUCGAAUGUCAAAUCCCAUUCUUUGGUCAAGAAAGGAAAGACUGUGAGGUCAAAUGAGGCAGAGAAACAGAAAGAUCCACCUGGAGCGAAAUGUGAAGGGGUUGAUAGGCGAGUUCCUGCCGCUAUAAAGCGGGAUGGUGGCGGUCCAGGGAAAAAAAUGGUUAAGGAUUGUCCAAGAGCCGAAACAGGUGAAGUGCGCUUCAGAUCUGGCACUAAAAGAAUGGUCGCCAACAGCUGCGAUGCAAAAGUGCCAUCAGCUACCAAGACUAAUGGCAAAGUGAAAAAUGCUCAGUACGCCAAAUAGUUAGUUACGCCUAUUUUCAGUUGCCUCUAAAACAUUUCCAUUUCGCAUAUUGUAAAGAAGAGCUAAUUAAACAACUCUAAUAUCACUGCAGUUAAAAGUAGUUAUAUGUAGAAAGGAUAAAGGUGUGGUCAGGUUACCAAAAUUUGGCGGGAAAAAGGUCCAUUGUCUAUUGGCAGUAGUGUUGUCAAAAGUACCGACUUCGGGACCAAAAU